AUGGGUCCCCAAGACUUGGUUGAUGACUUGAAACUUGCUAUAACAUAUAAAUAUCCCACCACGCUAGCUCGCCAGUUUGAUCCUGCCGACAUUCAGAUUCAUUUGAGGGUUCCUGAUGAACCAGUCAAGAAACACAAGCCUAAGCAAAGCUCACUCAAUCGUAUCGUUCUGGAGCUGGACGACAAUAGCAUUAGCAGUGGAAGCACUAUCACAGGGAGCAGGUCACCCUCUCUUCCAGCAACGUCUACUUUUGGCGGGUCCAUUGUGAUGUUGGAGCCAGACCAGAAUAUAUGGGAUCUCUUGGACGAAUACUUUGGAGGUGGCAUGGGAAUGAAUGACGCCCUUACUAUAGUGGCUGCUCAGCGACAGCCCUCCAUGCCGUAUGGAUUCGUGGACAUUCCUGAUAGAAUGAACCUGCGUCCUUUGGAAUAUAACCAUCAGCAUAACCCCUCCAUCGAUAUGUCUGGACAGGGUCCACCUGCUCGAGGAGCUUCGCCUACCCAUGUGCUUACCGAUAACUAUCACCAUCCAAGGCCCCAACAUGCCUUCCCCGUGAACCCCAAUGCCAUUGGCAAGAAUCCCUCGGUUCUGCCUUCACUCACACACCGUUUAUCCCCGGUCAAUGGCGCCAUAAAUGUUCACAAAAGAUCACAUUCCAACCCACCUCAACUGCCUUCCAUGAACAGUGUUAAUCUGAUGACAACGAAAAGCAACGGCCAGGCGGUCUUGCUUCUACCGAAGAAUUUCACGUUGGGCGAGCAAAGUCAUCUCAAACGGUACUCGUUGGACGAGAACAUGGUGAACAAGAAUUUCUCCAACCACGGCAAAUCGCUUCUGGACUCUACUAAUGUGACCAGUAUCGGCACGAAUACCGAGUCUGAAGAAGAAAAGCCUGUUCCCCGCAAGACAAGUCAAGAGAUUUCUCGCUCAUCCAGUGGCUCACACACUUUGGAGAAGCCACAAAAGCGAAGUGAAGAAAAGCCUGCCGCCGCAUCAAGGAAAACAUCUCUGGAAGGCUUGACACCAGCGGAUGUGAGAGAUGCUAAACCCAUUUCCACCUUCGAAAGAGUUCUACCAUCUCUUCUCGUAUUGGUUGUUGAGGAUAACGCCAUUAACCAGGCCAUUUUAGGUGCUUUCUUGAGAAAACACAAGAUCAGAUACCAGAUUGCUAAGAAUGGUCAGGAGGCUAUUGACAAAUGGAGACAAGGCGGUUUCCACCUAGUGCUCAUGGAUAUUCAGCUUCCUGUCAAGUCCGGAAUUGAGGCUACCAAAGAGAUAAGGUAUUUGGAGAAGGUGAACAGAAUUGGAGUUUUCGCUCAACACGAGCUUUCCAAGCUGAAUGGCCUGACAAGCAUUAAGGAAGACGAGAAGCUUGACCUCAACUUGUUCCGCUCCCCAGUGAUUAUAGUCGCUCUUACAGCCUCUUCGAACUCAUCGGUUGACAGAAAGAACGCUUUAACCGCAGGUUGCAAUGAUUUCUUAACCAAACCCGUCAACUUGGUAUGGUUACAGAACAAGAUCACAGAGUGGGGCUGCAUGCAAGCGCUUAUUGAUUACAAUGGCUGGAAAGUGAAGAGGUCAGGUAAAGGCGAUGUUCCAAAAGUAGCUAUGCCGAAGACUUCUGAAAAGACUGGAGCCGAAAAGCCAGUGGCUGCAACUUGA